CAAACUCCAGAAAUCUCACUGUCACUCUUCUCUCCCAACUCUCUUGAACCAAUGUCUUCUAUUCCAUUCUCGAACCAAAGGGUUUAGUGCAAUAUUUCAAUCGAUCUCUCAAGUUCUGUCAAACAAGCAUAAAGUGAAUUCUCAAACUCAGAGAAUCCCCAAUGGAGCGCUUCUCAAAGAUAAAAAGAUGGAAGUAGCACUUCUGUCUGCGAAGGCCCAAAUUGUGAAAAGUUCCGACAACUCCUACCGAAUUGAAAUUUUGGAUUCUCUAGUUCAGGGCCUCUGUGUGACAGAACCUGAAAUUGCGUGUUCUGUUCUGCGGUAUUGUUUGAGAAUUGACGGUAUUAUGCCUUCUUCUAGUACUAUUUACCUGUUGCUCUAUCGUCUUUGCUCUCUUGGAAUGAUCGAUGGGGCUAUUCAGGCGUUAGAGCUGAUGAGUGAUAAGAGAAUGAAGUACCCUUUUGAUAAUUUUGUGUGUAGUUUUGUAAUUUGUGCUUUUAUAUGCUUUGGCAAGCCUGAACUUGCUGUAAGAUUCUAUGAUAAUGCUGUAAACUCGGGUUCUUUGAAGCCUAAUGUUUACACUUGUACUUCUGUAAUGAGUGCAUACUGUAGAUUGGGUAGAAUUAGUGACGUCUGGAGUUUGGUCGAAGUGAUGGGGAUAGAUGGCUUAGCCCCUGAUGUUGUGUUUUACAGUAACUGGAUGUAUGGGUACUUUAGGGAAGGAAGGGUUCAGGAUGCUCUAGAGAGAUACACAAAAAUGGUUGAGGGAAACAUUACAUUGGACACAGUCAGUUAUACAAUACUUAUAGAUGGGUUUUCAAAGGAAGGGUUGGUGGAGAAAGCAGUAGGGUUCUUGUACAAGAUGAGAAAGGAUGGUUUAAAUCCCAAUUUGGUCACUUAUACUGCAGUUUUGCAAGGAUUUUGCAUGAAGGGAAAAUUGGAUGAGGCAUUUUCAGUGCUCAAGUUGGUUGAAAAUCAAGGGUUUCAAAUGGAUGAGUUUCCCUAUGUUAUUCUUAUUGAUAGGGUGUGUAGGGAAGGUGAUUUUCACGGUGCUUUUGAGCUGCUAGGUGAAAUGGAAAAGAAGGGUGUAAAGCCCGGUGUUGUUACAUAUAAUGCCAUUAUCAAUGGAUUGUGCAAAGCAGGAAGGACAAGUGAUGCUGAUGAUCUGUCUAAGGGCAUAGUAGGUGAUGUUAUUACAUACAGUACAUUGUUACAUGGGUACAUCCGAGAGGGGAAUCUCAUGGGGAUAUUAGAGACCAGAAGGAGACUGCAGGCAGCUGAUGUAUGCCUAGAUGUUGUCAUGUGCAAUGUGUUGAUUAAAGGAUUGUUUAUGAUGGGUUUACUUGAGGAUGCCCGUUCUGUGUAUGAAGGAAUGCAAGAUUCAGGUUUGGAGGCAGAUGUUGGUACUUACUCCACCAUGAUUUAUGGAUAUUGCAAGGCUGACCGGAUAGAUCUUGCACUUGAGAUAUUUGAUGAAUCUCGGACGAAAUGUACUUCUUCAGCAGUAUGCCACAACUGCAUUAUACAUUGGCUAUUGAAAAAGGGUUUGGUAGAAAUGGCAGUUGAGGUUUUCAUAGAAAUGAUAGAAAGAAAUUUUGACCUAAACACCACAUCUUACAUGAUGGUCAUUAAGACGAUAUUUCAAGACAAAGGUGCCGAAGGAGUUUUAGAAUUAGUUCAAAGAUUGGGAAAAGUUGCUCAUGAUAUAUCUGGUCCAAUAUCUAAUGAUGCAUUAAUUUUUCUAUGCAAGAGGGGUGCAUCGCAGGCUGCAUGCAAUGGGUUAGUAGAAUUAGAGAGAAGAGGAUCAACUGUGAGAAGCAAGUCUUACUAUCUAAUUCUGAAAGCACUUCUUCAUGAUGGAAAAUUUUUCUUAAGUCACCAAAUUUUGACAAGUUUCAUAAAAAGUUUUAAAGGCCCUGACAAAAUAUGGCAAGGUGAGUUACAGAAAGCUGUGGAGCUUCUCCGUGACGUGGAAACAAAUGGUUUCAAACCAGAUGAAUUUACAGUCAGUGCAGUUAUUAAUGGAUACAGCCAGAAAGGUUAUAUGUACUUGAUUAGAGGGCUAUGUGCUAAGGGAAGGAUGGAAGAAUCUAGAAGCAUUUUAAGAGAAAUGCUUCAAAGUGAACAUGUGAGCAAUAUACUUGACAGAGUGGAUGCUGGAACUGAAGCUGAGUCUGUACAAAGUAUUAUUUCUUUGUUGUGUGAACAAGGAAGCAUCCGCGAGGCUGUGAAUAUUCUUGACAAAAUUGGAUGCAUGCAUUUUCAUUUUGAGAGGGAAUGUACUGCAUUUAAUAUAUCAGAAAGGCUAAAUGAGCCUUAUGCUAGGAAAGCUUUGGAGACCAUUGAAUUCAAGAAUAAUGUUUUGGAAAGAAAAUCGUGCAGCGAAGGGGAAUUAGAAACAGAUUUUGAAAAUGAUUCGCGCUCAGAUCGGAGUACUAUCUUCCAUCCGGAGAACUUCGAUGCUUUCUAUUCUUUGAUUGCGUUGCAUUGUUCUAAGGGGGAGUUCAGUAAAGCAAAUGUACUUGCAAAAAGCAUCAUGAGUUCCUCGUAGGAAAUUUAUACUUACAGCAAAAUGUAUUGUCUACCUUUGCUAGGCCACAAGUAUUGGCACUUCGUCUGUUGCACAAACGUGGCAGGCUAUCAUGACUCGUGAGCACACUUUUGUUAAUUUCUGGAUUUUCCUUCAAACCAAAUCAACCGCUACAAGUUCAGAGCAUUCAACGUAGGAAACAGCAGACAGAAUGUUCCUAGAGCAAUCUAGAGAGACUUGUGGUCUAUGGAGAGUUACAAAUUUGCACAAAGCAAGACACAUACAUCCAUAAAGGAAGACAAAGAUAAAAGCAGCAGCAGACCCACAAAAACAAAGCAACAAACAAGAGGCUAGCUAAGCACACCAGAAACAAACCAUUCUUAAAAUAAAAGAGCAAAGAACAAUAUAAAGCUAAAUCUUUG